AGCAUGCGGCGGCAGCACCUGGUACGGCUGCUGCAUAUGGUGAUGGUGGUGGUGCAUGUACUGCUGCGGGAUAGGCGGCAUUGGCUGCUGCUGCUGUUGCGACUGCUGCUGCGACUGCUGCUGCUGCGUGGCAAUAAUCGGCGGCUGCGGCGACAUUGUCGGCGGGUUGGUGCGGCGGCGGCGCUGGAUAUUGACAAUCUGGUCCGGGUAUCGUUCAGAUUCUUCUCGACCGAAUGGUAGUUUUGCGCGCGCAGACCUGCCGCCUGCAACGCCGCCAGCAGCUUCUCCGAGGACGAGAACUUGAACGCCGUGCCGUCCUCGGUCCACCGGAUCCAUGACUCGUUCUUCGGCUCCUCGAUAAUCCUACAUGUGCAUGAAAAUUAGGCAUGAGUGGGGUGGGCGGAAGUGGGAACUAACCAAAAGCGGGCGUGGCCCACUUGCCUCGUUCAUGCAUUUUGGCCAGAUGCAUGACAGAGGAGCAUGCCGCUUUUUUUCCCACUGGGCUAUUGCAGUGGGACUAACCUACCUGUGCAGAAGAAUAGGGAACAGCGGGGUGUCACUCGUCCGCUGCCGCUGCGUGAACGUAAACGACCGGUCGCGGAUGUUGGCAUUGCCCAGCACGUGCGGCAGCCCGCCGCUCUGCUGGUGGUGCGGGCUGUCGGUGCUCUGCGAGCGGCGCCGAGCCGUCCGCGAGUCGUCCAGGGUCGCUGGGAAGCUGCGCACUGCGCCUGGCGUAACCGACGGCAUGCUGUCGGGCGUCAGCGUCGUGGCAGCGCUGGCUGGCGAGCCUGCCAUGGUGGUCGCGCUGUGGUACGUGUGGAACCGCUGGUGCGCCUGCAUCGGCGGCAGCGUGUUGGCCGGCCGCGAGCCGCCGUGCGACGAGAUGUUCAGCGCGGGGGGCACCGAGAACGUGCCUGUCGAGCCGCUCGAUGCGCUGGAGCUCGCCGAGUGGACCCCAUGGUUGAUUAUUGGCCGCAGCGGCGUGUGCUCGGGGCUGAGCGGCGUGUGCUCUGGGCUGGCCAGCUCCAUCAGGCCCUGCAUGCCCGUCAGCUCGUCUUCGCGGUACUGCGUGCGCGCUGGAACCGUAAUCGCCUGCCGGUGGUUGUCCUGCGGCGCCAGCAGCGCACUGACCGGCACUGAGCUCGAUGGCUCCUCCUCCAUAAUCACGUCGGCUGACACGUCGUGCGACGGCUGCGACGUUGACGACGUCAAAAACUGGAUGCUCGUGCGAUAGUCCGUGCCGCCACCGCUGUGCGGUGUCUGUGUGGCCACUGGCGACUCAGCGCCAUACAUGCUGCUACUGUCUCCAGCGGGGCUGCUGCGCGUGUGAUCAGAGUUGCUCUACAAACACAAACAAUGCUUAGUUUACUGGUAAGUGACGGUGAGAGGGAGGUAAAAAAGGACAAUGCUGGGCUUGUUUGUGAAGGGAGCCAUUCAUUAUGCGCUACUGAGCUGCCUCACCCAUGUGUCCACGGGGAGGAUUCGCCCUUCUUUUUUUUUCUGCUGCCGCUGCUGCACACG